AUGUGUUCUUCAGAAGCUAGGGCGUACCCCAGAAGCGACGCGCAUUGUCCUCGCCCGGGCAAUGUGGCAAAUAUGCGAGGGCUACCGGCUAGAGGACGAAGCCGGCCAAAGAAGUUAGUCCGCCAUCGCCAGCAACAUCCAGUGCGCUUGGCAACACUUAACGUUGGGACGCUUACUGGAAGAAGUCAUGAACUGGCAGACAGUCUCAGAAAACGCCGUGUUGACAUAUGUUGUGUACAGGAGACUCGCUGGAAAGGCUCCAAGGCAAGGGAAUUAGGCGAUGGCUACAAGCUGAUCUACCACGGCACAUCAAAUCGCAACGGCGUUGGUAUCAUAUUGAACGAGUCGUUUAGAAAUAGCGUCACAGCGGUGGAUCGACUAUCGGAUCUCUUGAUGGCUGUAAAAGUAGAUACAGGAGAAGUGGAAUUGCGAGUCGUCUCUGCUUAUGCGCCACAGAUGGGCUGUAGUGAAGAAGAGAAGGCGUGCUUUUGGGAAGAUCUGGAGCAGUACGUCCAAUCUCUGGAAAGCGAAGAAGUACUUUUAAUCGGAGGAGACUUCAACGGACAUGUCGGUUCCCGGAAAGACGGAUUCGAGAGUUGUCAUGGUGGAUACGGCUAUGGAGCUCGUAACGACGACGGGUUGCGAAUCCUGGAGUAUGCUGUUGCAAGUGACUUGAUCAUUGCUAACACGCAGUAUCGGAAAAGAAAAUCGCAUUUGAUCACGUACACCAGCGGCGGUCGUGAAACACAAAUAGAUUUCUGGAUGUUACGCCGACGAGAUCGCCGACUUCUGCAGGAUUCAAAAGUCAUCCCUACAGAUCAUGUCGCUGCCCAACACCAUCUGCUCGUUAUGGACUUGAAAAUCUCCCGUCCAAGGAAGAGACAUCCAAGGACUGAAACACAGCGCAUCAAAUGGUGGAAUCUGAAGGAUCGAAAGGAGGUAUUUUUCGCGUCCGUGGCCCCAUCUACACUUCCCCACCCUACUCGUAGUGUGGAGGAAAUGUGGUUGUCUACUUCCAGCGUUAUACGCUUGACCGUGGAAAACACUCUGGGAAAGACGACUCUAGGUAAGCCAAAGGUACAAAAGGCUACGUGGUUUUGGAACGAGGAAGUUCAGGCGGCAAUUCGUGAGAAGAAGCCCAAGUAUAAGCUCUGGUGGAGGACGCGUCAGCCUGAAGACCGGGGUGUUUACCUAGCAGCGAAGAGGGAGGCAAAGAAGGCAGUCUCCAAGGCGAAGUCGGACCGCUACAAGGCUGUGUACGACAUGCUUGAUACCAGAGAAGGCGAGCGGGCAGUGUAUCGUUUAGUCAGAGCACGUCAUCGCUCAACGUUGGAUAUGGAGCACACCAAGAUCGUUAAGGGAGCUGAUGGAGCCGUUCUGCGCCGCUCUGGUCAGAUCCUGGAGAGGUGGCGAGAGUACUACAAUCACUUGUGUAACGAAGAGUUCUGUCAUCCUCCCAUCCCAACCGUUCCCAGCGUCGAGGGUCCUGUUCUACCAAUUACUGCCGUCGAAGUCAGUGCUGCCCUCGCAAAAAUGAAGUCGAACAAGGCAACCGGUCCUGAUGACAUACCUGUUGAUAUCUGGAAGCUGCUAGGAGAUCGAGGGCCCAUGUGGCUCGCAACUCUAUUUAACAAGAUCGUUGCAGAAGGACGGACUCCAGACGUUUGGCAAACUUCCGUGACCGUGCCUGUCUGGAAAGGGAAAGGAGACAUUGCUGACUGCACCUCGUACAGGCCUAUACGACUGCUCUGCCAUACGAUGAAGAUUUUUGAGCGUGUCCUGGAAGCUCGUCUGAGGAAAAUUGUUAGCGUUUCACUCAACCAGUACGGUUUUGUGAAGGACUGCAGCAGUAUAGAUGCUAUCCAUGCUGUCCGAAUCCUCCUGGAGAAACAUCGAGAGAAGAACCGCAGUGUGCAUCUUGCUUUUCUCGAUCUCGAGAAAGCUUUCGACCGUGUCCCACAUGAGCUGUUAUGGAUGUCCAUGAGGUCGCAUAGAGUACCAGAAGAAUAUGUGAGGUGGACGAAGCUGCUUUAUGCGAAGCCUACCAGCGUUGUACGAUGUGCUGUUGGAACAAGCAGGCCAUUCCCUGUACGAGUAGGGGUUCAUCAGGGUUCAUCCCUCUCACCUCUGCUGUUCAUACUGUGCAUGGACACGAUAACGAAGGAAAUCCAGAAGCAGCAUCCGUGGACUCUACUCUUUGCCGACGAUGUCAUGCUCGCAUCGGAGUCUCGAGAUGAUCUUCAGAAACAAGUGCAGUCUUGGAAGGAUCAGUUGCAGCAAUAUGGAUUGCGCUUCAACACAUCAAAAACUGAGUACAUGGAGUGCGGACCAAGGAUAGAGGAUGGUUCAAUUCGUCAAGAAGGUCGAGCACGUGUUAAUGCUGCAUGGAUGAAAUGGAAAAUGGCAACAGGGGUACUGUGCGACAAGAAAGUCCCUGUUCGACUGAAGUCGAAGAUCUACAGGACGGUUGUGCGUCCUGUUGCCUUUUACGGAUGCGAGUGCUGGCCGACAACGAAAGCCUUGGAAAGAGUGCUGCACGCUAUGGAGAUGUGGAUGUUGAGGUGGACGAUAGGUGUGACGCUAAAAGAGAAAGUAUCCAACGACACUGUGCGCUCCAUCUUCGGUGUCGUCCCGAUAACUGAGAAGAUGAAGGAGGCGCGACUGAGAUGGUUUGGUCACGUAUUGCGGCGGGAGGAAGAUUCUGUUGCCAAAACCGCUCUGAAGCUCGACGUUUCAGGAGUGAGGCCGCGCGGGAGGCCAAAGAUUCGCUGGUUAGACCGUGUGAAGCUGGAUAUGAUAGAUGCACGUUUGUGUACGGCUGAUGCAAUGGAUAGAACCAAAUGGAAGACAAGAAGCAGAAAAGCGGACCCUGCAACAACGCGGGACAAACGCUAG